GAUCUCUUAUCUCUGACAUGACAUAAACACAAAAUUUUCGCAUGAUACUCAACUGGUUUUAACGAUGAAGGAGGUAUCACUAGGCUUCAACAAUCCUAUUUCCCCAUUUCUCUGCAAUAUUUUGACCGUUGGUGGACCGUUGGAAAUCGAUAUGCAGUUAGUUGCUAUCUGAGAUAUAGUGUCUGUCUUGCUCUGACGCAGAUCAACAAUAUCGUUGUUAUCAGGGUGUUCAAGGUAGGCGUAAACACGUAUUGUGAAACCGAAAUUUCUUUUGUUGUCUGUAGAACAUAUGAAUUUUGAUUUGCAGCGACAAAAUUUCCAGUCUGCUCUGAGAUUGAUCGAUCAAGACUCAAAUUGUUAUAGAUCUAAAAGUUUCUUCAAAAUUAAACUCCAUAAAGAAAAUACACUUUCUCAAACCACUGUAGUACAAAUAGCAGGCAAUCUAUUUAGAGUGAUUCAAGUGGAAAAAUAGUCCAUUGUAGUGUUAUCUGUUUUUACGUUGCACGCUGUUCACUUGCCAGUCGUAGAGCUCGUAUCCACUUGCCACUGAGACGGGAGGAGACAGGCUGUUGUCACCCUUGGUUACAAACGCCUAACACAAAACGGUUUUUUACGAUCGAUCAUAAUGAAAGCUCAUUUGUUGUGAUUUAGGACAAUUUGGUUCAAAGAUUAAAGCUUUCCGAAGAUCUCUUUACUCAGAACGCUUUAUCAUGACACGAUUUUCUUUAAGUGAACUUCGUGUGAAAAAAAUGGAAGAAAGCAAGCGAAAAAAUACGACAGAAAGCGAAGAUAUUCUUACGUUGUGUGGGGCUGCUGAAGAGAAGGCGAAAUCAGGGGAAAGUCUACAAGAUGCUUUUAAGAAAUUUCGAAAGAAGAGACAGAAUGCCAUACGUUUAUCCAAACAAGUUGACAAGGAGACCACCAAAUGGAGAGCUGAUCCUGUCAAAAUGAACAAGCUCCGCAUGAAAUUUGUUGAGCAGUGCAAGCUGUACUUUGGUGUGCCUUAUGCCAAGAAAUAUCAGGAGCCAGGAACAGAGUUCAAUGCACCAUUCUUUCUUGAUUGUUGUGGUUUGAUCAGAAGAGUACUUCGAGAUCUCAAAGAAGAUUUUGGUUUUGAAGUUGGCCCAUGGAAUCAGGCCUACAUGUAUGAUACACUUCCUCUUGAUGCGGAGAAAACUGACGACUUGAAGCCAGGAGAUCUUGUGUUUGUGUCUGGAAUCUAUCAUAAUACAAAAUCAAAGAAGCAGCGUCACAACAUGGUCCACGUUGAAGUUUGGGCAGGAGAUGGAGAGAAGACAAUUGGUGCAAGAUGGCAGAAGGGGAAGGUUCAAUACCAUGACUCCUACAAGUUCAAUGCCAAGAGCUAUCACAGCAUGCAAUAUCAUUUCAAAUCAAUUGAUACUUGGCUGAUGGGAAUCUGUCAAAGCCAUUGCCCAGAACAUUCAUGGAAACGAUCACAGUAUAGGCCAGGAAAGAGGUCCAUCUUUGCUGAAGAUCAAGCAAAUGAAAGAGAAGAUCAAAAUGCAGAAGAACUUUCAGAUGAGGAGAUGGGAAGUCAAGUAAAUGACGAUAAACAGAGGCCUCCUUGCUCAGAAAAUGAGAUUCAAAGUUCCUCUGACAAAAAGAAUUUAAUAUGUCAAAAAGCUGUUUCAUUGCACAUCACUUCUCCAGACUCAAAUACUUGUCAUGAAACAGUUUCCUCUGAUUGUCCUUCUACAACUACAACAGCCCAACUGUCACAGAAAAACUUCAACAACCUUGAUGAAUGUGUUUCUUGGUUGCUGACUAAGAUAAGCAUGGAUAUUGAGAGUGAAUGCUAUGACAGGAUUUCUGAUGUCGAAGCAAUCAAGUUACAUUCAAGCCCUCAACACGCAGAACAUUCCUCUUCAAAUAAUCCCAACAACGAUAUGAUUCCAAAGGAUCACUCUGCUAGGAAAACAAAAAUGGAUUCAACAGUGCAGUCAAACACUGACCAAGACUGUCAUUGUCCUCAGUGUUGUCAUGCAAAAGUCAGUUGCAUACAUCAACGUUGUGGCUGCCAUUAUGGUUUUCCUCAAGACAAUGAUGAGAAUGAUUUUGAAAAUUUAGAUGACUGUAAGGAAAAUUCUUCAUCUUUAGAGUGUUUUGACUUUAUGCAUACUGGCAUGAAUUGUGAUCAGUUUGUUAUAAAUCAGUGUCCUAACAACUCAGACAGUAAUCACAGUGGAAGCAAGUCCAGAAGGUCUGUGUCUCCCUCAAAGGCAACAAAAAAUGGAAAAGACUCAGGGAGUGGUCCCUCAGGCAACAGAAGAGGAAAUGGAAAUGAAAAGAACAACAACAGGGACUCCCCUGGAAGGAGUGGCACAAGAUCAGUUCGUGGUUACAUGAAUGAUAAACAGCCACCCUUCUUCAUUGGAGGAGGGAAUGGAAAUUGGAUGAUCGAAUCAACGUUAGUUUCACUUGGGUGGUCUAGAAUUGAGGACAAGUUGGACGAAUCCUUCAAACUCAAAUGGGUUGAGUGCAAGAGUCAGAUUAACUAUGGAAAUUUCAGAGAUGGUGAACACUUGGCUAAUCACAUUUCCAACAUCAACUUGUUGACAACAAAGCUGGGUCUCCUGUGUAGCUUAGAGGAAUAUCAACGGGUGCAAGAGAAAAUGGCCAAGAACAAGCUAAAAUUUCCUAUGAGCGAGUUUGUCCCGGAAACUCACAAACUGAUGAACGCAACAGAGAAAGCCAAGUUUGUGAAUGAAGUCUACAAAGAUGGCGAAAUUUGGAUCUGCAAACCGACGGGUAUGAAUCAAGGAAAAGGAAUUUAUCUCGUUAAUAGCAAAGAGCAGCUGAUCGAAAAACUCAACAUGAACGGAGGUGAUAAUGUAAGCGCCAGACGGAGUUUGGUGAGGCCCCCGCAAGGACGCGUUAUACAAAGAUAUGUGAUGAACCCUCUUCUACUGAACGGCUGUAAAUUUGACAUUCGUACGUACAUGUUGAUUGCUAGCACCACUCCUUUCAUCGUUUUCUAUCAUCCGGGAUAUGUGCGACUCUCGUGUGUCCCGUAUACACCCUACACUCCGGAUGCCGCUGGACUGCAUGCUCACCUUACCAAUCAGUACGUUCAAAAGAAACAUCCUCUGUAUUCAUCUAUGAAAGAAGACACUGUUUGGAGUUUCGAACGUUUGCAAUCUUACAUCGACGAGAAAUAUUCCAAGGAGAAAGAACUUCCUGAGAAUUGGGUUUACACCACAUUCACGAAACGCAUGCAUCAGAUCAUGACGACGUGUUUCCACAGUGUUCGUCAGAAACUUCACAAGAGAGCGGGAACGUUUGACUUGUUAGGCUUCGAUUUCCUUAUCGACGACAACUUUAAC